AUGAUGAAUUACUUGUUCCGGAGAUCAGCUUCGGUUGCCUCCUCGGCGUCGAGGCGAUCCCUAGCCGCCCUGGUGUCGGCGGAGUCACUCCGCCUGCCGUCGUUGAUCCCCGCGGAGCCCUUAUCCUCUGCCACCGCCGGCGUAUUCCGGCCAUUCAAUGGCAUCGCAGCCGCAGAGAAGUUUGGGUUCGGUGGUGUUCCACGGAGGGAGUUCCAUUUCUCGGUGGGACCGCUGGGGUUCAGGGCGACCGAUGCGGCUUUCGCGGAGUACGCCGUGGAGGAUUUUUACGAUGAGGAGAAGAGUAGUGCGAAGAGAGGGGACGAGGGUCUGGAGAUCGCCAACCUGGGGAUCUCGGAGGAGAUUAUCUCUGAUCUCGCGAGGAGGGGAAUCACAAAGCUUUUUCCUAUACAGAGAGCUGUUCUUGAGCCAGCUAUGCAAGGACGAGACAUGAUUGGCCGGGCAAGGACUGGGACAGGGAAAACUCUUGCUUUUGGAAUUCCAAUUAUGGAUAAAAUUAUGCGUUUUAAUGCUAAGCAUGGGCGAGGUAGGAAUCCUUUGGCCAUAGUCUUGGCACCAACUAGAGAACUUGCUCGACAAGUGGAGAAGGAAUUCAGGGAAUCUGCCCCCUUGGACACCCUUUGUGUCUAUGGAGGCGUACCAAUCCAGCAGCAAAUGAGAACACUUGAUUAUGGUGUUGAUGUUAUAGUUGGAACACCUGGUCGAAUUAUUGACUUGCUUAAGAGGGGUGCCUUAAAUUUGUCAGAAAUCCAAUUUGUUGUUCUUGAUGAAGCUGAUCAGAUGCUUGCUGUGGGGUUUGAUGAAGACGUAGAAAUAAUCUUAGAAAAAUUGCCCCCAAACCGUCAAAGCAUGAUGUUCUCUGCAACAAUGCCAAGUUGGAUUAGAAAGCUUACCCAGAAAUACCUAAAAGAUCCAGUUACCAUUGACCUUGUGGGUGAUUCUGACCAAAAGUUAGCAGAAGGAAUCACACUCUACUCAAUUGCUUCAGAUAAUUAUUCAAAGCCAUCAAUUCUUGGGCCAUUAAUAAGGGAACAUGCUAAAGGAGGAAAAUGCAUAGUAUUCACUCAAACAAAACGUGAUGCGGAUCGGCUAGCUUACAUUAUGGGUCGGAGUUUUGGAUGUCAGGCUCUUCAUGGUGACAUUUCACAGAAUCAGAGAGAGAGAACACUUGCUGGCUUUCGUGAUGGUCGUUUUAAUAUUUUGAUAGCUACUGAUGUUGCUGCUCGUGGAUUGGACAUACCUAAUGUGGAUUUGGUGAUACAUUAUGAACUGCCGAACACAUCUGAGCUAUUUGUUCAUAGAUCUGGUCGAACAGGGCGAGCUGGGAAGAAAGGAUCUGCCAUUCUUAUUUACAAUAACCAGCAAACUCGAGCUGUCAGGGUCAUUGAGCAAGAUGUUGGAUGCAAAUUUAGUGAGCUUCCAAGAAUUACGGUGGAGGGUGGAGGUGAAGACAUGUUUGGUGGCAUGGGUGGUCGGGUUGACGCCUAUGGAGGUGGUCGAAUGGGUGGCUCAAGUUUUGGUCAUGGGGGCGGUUAUGGAGGCUCUGGAUUUGGCCGUUCUCGUGGUUUUGGUGGUUCUGGUGGCCCCUCUGGCCGCUCUGGUGGAUACGGUGAAUCUGGUUCAGGUCGUUUUGGUUCUUUUGAUGGGUCAGGUUUAGGUCGAUCUGGUGGGUUUGGUGGUUCGAGCUUUGGCCGAUCUGGUGGUUUUGGUGAUUCAGGUUCAGGGCGUUCUGGUGGUUUUAGAGAUUCAGGUUCUGGGCAUUUUGGUAGCUCUGGUGACUCAGGGUCUGGGCAUUCUGGUAGCUCUGGUGACUCGAGCUCUGGACGUUUUGGUAGUUUUGGCAACUCCAGUUUUGGGCGUUUUAACGGUUCUGGAAACUCCAGCUCAAAUGGUGGAUUUGGUGCAAGCAAUUUUGGCACUAAUGGUGGAGUUUCUGGCAAGGAUGAUGUUGGAGAUGCCUGGCCUGGAAGAUCUUUUAUGAGUUCAUCUUAGGCUAGUAUUCUACCUAAAUACAUAUUGAAGAACAUUGAAUAGCCUGGCAAUUCUGAUGGAUUCAUUCACUGCCAAAAUCAGCUUUAAAUUGCUGCUAUUUGUUGGUAACAGGCUUCCCAUUAUUAGAUGCCAUUCCGAUUCUUUUGCUGUAAUAGAUAGUGGAUGAUACUAUAUGAUAGUAUCCAUGGAAGUCUGAGACAGUACAACAACAGCAGCCUGCAGGCGUCAGUGAGGGGCCACCAUCAGGUUUCAUUUCUCCGCCAAGCAGGUUUCAGGGCAAGUUUACAUCUAGAUAUAUAAGCUCCAGGUUUUUUAACCAUUGACAGCAAAAAUAAUUCACUUGUUUUCAUCAUAGUGAUGUAUGAUUGGUGGUUUUGGAGAGCUGUAUACCUGUAGACUGUACCAAGAACCAUAUGGUGAUUUCUGUUCUAGUAACUAACUUUUUUGCCCGGUUUUGUAUCUUAUUAUUUUCCCAUCACUUGAAAAGGGAUCGCAUUUUCGAAGUAUGCCGUCUAGAAUUGUUAUCUAACUGAUCUUGUGGAUUGUUACUUUUACAACCAAUUCUUUAUUAUCAUUUUGAUGAAUCCAUCAUUUGUAAA